UGCCAUAAAAUCUCCUCGAAGAGAAUAAAAUUGCUCCGAAAAUGUCACAGCAUCCCACAAUGAUCUGGUAUGUUUGGCCUGGGUUUCAGCCUGUGCUGCACUUCAUCCCCUGGCCUCUAGAUGACCAACAAGAGGAGAAGCUUUGCUCUUGCAGACCGACCAGGAGCAGCAAGUGAAGAUAGCUCGAAGCUAACGCUAGCUAUCAUAACAUUAUUUCCCCCCGUUUGGGGCUUUAAUCAGUCAUUGGUUGCUAGCCCGUUAAAGGCUGGCUUCACUGGCCAAACAUGCAGAAAUAUGAAAAGCUUGAAAAAAUCGGAGAGGGUACAUAUGGGACAGUUUUCAAGGCGAAAAACAGAGAAACCCAUGAAAUUGUGGCUCUGAAGAGGGUGAGGUUGGAUGACGACGACGAGGGGGUGCCAAGUUCUGCCCUGAGAGAAAUCUGUCUGCUGAAGGAGCUAAAGCAUAAAAACAUUGUCAGACUACAUGAUGUUUUGCACAGUGACAAGAAGUUAACCCUGGUUUUUGAAUAUUGUGAUCAGGACUUGAAGAAGUAUUUUGACAGCUGCAAUGGAGAUCUAGAUCCUGAAACUGUGAAGUCAUUCAUGUACCAGCUGUUGAAAGGCCUCGCUUUCUGUCACAGUCGAAACGUUCUUCACAGAGAUCUGAAGCCGCAGAACCUCCUCAUAAACAGAAAUGGAGAGUUGAAGCUGGCUGACUUUGGGUUGGCUCGAGCCUUUGGCAUUCCUGUCAGGUGUUACUCAGCAGAGGUGGUGACACUGUGGUAUCGGCCUCCAGAUGUGCUGUUUGGUGCUAAACUUUAUUCUACCUCAAUUGACAUGUGGUCUGCUGGAUGCAUAUUUGCAGAGCUGGCUAAUGCUGGAAGGCCUUUAUUCCCCGGGAACGACGUGGACGACCAGUUGAAAAGAAUCUUCAGAUUGUUGGGUACACCGACUGAAGAGCAGUGGCAGACGAUGACAAAACUCCCCGAUUACAAGCCAUAUCCCAUGUAUCCAGCCACCACCUCACUGGUGAAUGUGGUCCCCAAACUAAGUAGCACAGGACGAGAUCUACUCCAGAACCUGUUGAAAUGUAAUCCUGUCCAGAGGAUCUCUGCAGAGGAGGCCUUGCAGCACCCUUACUUCGCCGAUUUCUGCCCACCCUAAAUGCUAAAUUGCCUCUCACUAAACUUCAGCCGCCAGAAUCAAUCAUCCUUCCAUCCUUCCCUCUGCUGGGUCAUUAGGACCGGUCCCCGACAAGGCAAAUCCCUCACUGGUUUUCAAGCACUCCCUCCCCUGCUUUAAUUCUGCUGUGCCUCUGUGUGGAACAAAGUCCUAGUGGCUCUGCAACGUUUUAGGUUCUUUUUAAGUUGCAAGCCUGUUUUAAUUUGGUACACAUACGCCUCCCGGUUAAUUAGCACAAAAUGCUGGAGGGUGCAGGAUGUGUUGCAUCAAAUACAUUUUAUACCUGUGGAAAUGGUUGUCAACAAUAAGCCCCACUGCUCCAAUAAGACUGAAAUUAACAUGUGAAGUUUGUUUGUUUCUAAUAGCUGAGCGUGAAUGAAAAUAGACCCUUUUAAAACUUGGUGAAUUCAUUUGAGAUACUAAAACUUCAGCUGUAUCAGUUACUCAAACAGCCUCUUGAACAUUAUGGCUUCUGUUGAUGUUGUGAUGAAGUUUUGCCAAUUAGCUUCCAUUUUUACAAAGUCUUAACAUCAGUGGAAACUGUAGACUGUCGACCGAUACAGGAGUUCAGAAACUACGACGAUGAUUUAUCAGCCAGUAUUAGUUUUGUUCUUUGAUGAGAUCCAUUUAAAUUUGCUUAUUAGAUGAUUGGCACUUCUCCUGUGCAGUUUGUUGCUGCUUGUCAGUGAAAUUCUAUGCUGGUACUGAUACGUCUGUGCUAAUAUCCACUGACGUAUUUGCUCUAAGCGGAGACUACAGUUUCCUGGGGCAGCUAACGCUACAAUACCGUUUAAUUAAAGAGAUUGAUUUGUAAGUUUUAGAACCACAAGUGAGCGACUCAUUAGAAAGUUGUAAAGGCUUUAGCUCAAUGUUCCUUUUAAGGCCCAUAUGUUAUUUUUGUAACACCUCAUUUUACACGUCUGUAAUUUCAUCAGGAUAUUUAACUACAGCAUGUUUGUUGUUUGGUAUUAAUUAUUGUUGCUAAUUUCUUUCUUUGAAAUAACUUUCCCAGUUAAAUCUAAUACUCAGCAGUUAUUCUUUUAUUACUGGAAAGAUUUUUGCAUUUGCACUAGGCUUGGCUGAUACAUAUCAUUUUAUACCCUGAUAUUGUCCUGCUUAGAUUUUGCAAUAGAUAAUAUCAUCGUUAUCUUCUCUGAGGUGCGAACAAACAUGUCUGGUUGUUUUUAUGCUUGUUUCCAGCAAAGACCACAUGUAGCCUCAUUUAAACCCCUCCGCAGACCAUUUUCUCUUUAAACCCAAUAGUCUGCCUCAUUAACAAGCUCACAGUCAUCUUAAAAACUAAAUUGUCAGGGUCUGUAUAUCAAAGCGUAGCGUGCCUGCUGCUGCAUCAGGCCACUGUGUUCACUUUUUUAGAAUAAAAGCCCAAAGAUGCAGUAACAGCUUUUGGAUAUUUGAUAUUUUGGAAAAUAUCACACGUGACAGCAAAUAUCUUGAUAUUCGAUAAUAUCCAAUAUGAGCCCAAGCCUUAUUUACACAAAGACUCUUGAGGUUAAACACCAAUUAGUACCUAAACAAAUACUUAUUUUCUUGGGAAAGUUCCCAGGAAAUUAUUUUGAAAUUACAGACCUGUAAAAUAUCCUUCUUUUUAGAUUUUCUUUGUUUUUUUUCUUAGACCAGAACAGACUUGUAAUACUGAAGUUUCACAGCACCAACAUUAAAAACUCUCUGUCCCACUACCUGUUACGAGAUUGUACAAUAGCACGGGAAGCUAAUUUAUCAUUUUUCUUUAUGCUCAGGCUUUUUAUUUCCCUUUUUGUGUAUUUGUCUUUUUGUCUUUUGUGCACUUUGUAACUGACAGUUUAAUUUUAAAUCGUCGAGUUAUUAAUAUUAUUAAAUAUGUUGAACACUGACAGCCAGGAUUAUAGCCGGUUAUCAAUAAAUGGGCCAAUAUAUACAGUAAAUAUAUAUGUUAAUGACUAGUGGACCAUUAGUGACACAUUCAUUGUUUUCAUUGUCAUUAUUGUACUAAUAGCUUUUUUUCUUUUUUUAAAAAUGCUUUUGUAAUAGUUAAAUUAGAGCUGAAAAAAAUCCACUGAUAAUCUGUAUUUUCAUGAUUGUUUUGCACCAUUAGCUGUUUUCCAUUUGGUUACUUUAUAUUAACAUGGUUAACAGCUUGCAGUGUUAUUUUACUUCAGAUUGUUACAGUGCUACUCAUCCCAUAAAAGCCUACAUAAUGAGCUGUUUGAAGUGACUGUGUUAACAGGGAAAUGACUUAUUUUUCAUUUAGUUGAUGUAAGACAUGAUAAUGGAUGCAUGUAUUUAUUAAUGAUGGAAUGUCUGCUCAUGGUUUGUUUUGCAUUCUUUUAAUGUAGCACCGCUUCGUUUGGUACAGGAACUCUCCUUUUUGAAUGACUUCAUGAUACUCGGAUCUUUAGCGUUUAGCCGGCUCUUUUUAGGAUUUAAAAUGUUUUGAAGGUUGUGUGUAUGCGUGUGUGUGGAUUAAGUUAUAAUGACAAAAACACAGAAGCAUUGCGCUCUCAGUAUUUCAUUAUCUCAUAGUGACAGAAGAUUUCAGACCAACUGCUGUAGAGUUAGAUUUCCAUUUUGAAUGAUGAGUGGAUUUUGCACUUUGCUAGUUUAUUUGCUUUUGUUGGUAGAACUUGGGACAGAUGUCAAUGAUUUUCUUCUGUGUAUAUUUCAGCCAAUAAGACAUAAAUACAUUUUUGCUUUUGAGAUUUGAAGUUCAUUCUUGACCUUGGGAGCAGUACUUGACCAAAUUGUCUCUGUUCAACAUAAUCACAA